AGGCGAAGGGCGGAAGGGGCGGGGCAUCUUCGCCGACAUGAGCGAGCUGGUACGGGAGGAGCUCGCGGCUCUCGCGGCUAUUUUCUGUGGGCCGGACGAAUGGGAGGUGGUGCGCUGCUCAGAAACAGAUGGAGUUUCAUUCAGAAUUAACACAAAUGGACAAGGAUUUUUGGAUGAAAAUAUACCAUUAAGACUAUCAUUUCAUUUACCAGCUACUUACCCAUCUUGUCUACCAGGAAUCUCAGUUAACUCUGAGCACCUUACCAGGGCACAAUGUAUAGUUAUAAAAGAGAAGCUACUUGAACAAGCAAAAAAUCUUUUGUCUGAGCCGAUGAUACAUGAGCUUGUUCUCUGGAUUCAACAACACCUCAAGCACAUCAUCGGGCAGCCAGAAACAAUUGUUAGCUCUGAAGAUUGUACUUUGUCAAAAAGUAUAAUGGAUGAUGGAACAUGGAUCACCCUUUUGCAUUUAGAUCACAUGAGAGCAAAGACUAAGUAUAUCAAAACUGUGGAGAAGUGGACUUCAAAUUUAAGACUUGCUGGAAGACUGAUGUUUUGUGGCAAAAUAAUACUCAUUCUUCUUCAAGGAGACAGAAAUAGUAUCAAGGAAUACCUGAUUCUUCAGAAAACCUCCAAAGUUGAUGUGGACUCAAGCGGAAAGAAAUGCAAAGAGAAAAUGAUUAGUGUACUCUUUGAAACAAAAGUACAGAUGGAACACAAAAGGUUCCUGGCAUUUGAAGUCAAAGAGUAUUCAUCGUUGGAUGAGUUACUAAAGGAAUUUGAAGCAGCAGGACUUAAGGAGCUGUUCUCUGAAUUUGUACUUCCAUUGGUAAAAUGAAAUAAAAAACACAGAAGUCUUUUAAUAAAACAGGAAUUGUAUGGAUUAGUUUCUGUGAACAAUUAUGUUUCAACACUUUUGGGAAGCAAUUUUAAUUUUUUUUGGAAUAAGACAUGCAAACUUCUCAACUCGAGGAAAAAAUUUACAUUCAUUAAAAAGUUAGAUUAAAAUAAGCAAAUAUUUAUUAAGUACCCAUGUUCAAGUCAAUGUGGUAAGCUCUGGGAAUAGAAAGGCAAAGAGAUGUGGUUUUGACUGUAUCUUAAUGCUUACUAAGAAAGUCUGAGUUUCAUUACUGACACAUUUUUGAAAGCCACAUGUGAAAAAAUAGUAAAUUCUACUAUUUCUCCAGGCUAUACAUUUCUCUUUUCAUUCACACAUCAUUCUCUUAACUAUAACCUGACUGAAUUUGAAGAAGUACUUGUUUUUAUAUGAAUUUUUUUCUGGAAAUCUUUAUCACUUUUCUUUAAAAUAAAUUAUAUAUAAAAUUACUUACUUUGUACUUUUUGCACUACUAUCUUAUGUACAGAGAUUUUUCCUCCCAAGAAAUAUAAAUUGAAAGAACUUAAGAGAUCUAAUUCAACUUUUAUCUGAACAAAAAUAUCCCCUCUAUAAUGAGCAUAUAUGACAAAUUAAUGAAGAAAUAGAAAAUAUUUCUUAAUUUCCUACUAUGUGAUGGGCACUGUACUGGGGAUACCCUGUCCUUAGCAAACUUACAUUUUAAUAGGAAUAGAUAGCACAUAUAAGAAAGUGGGGGCUAGUGAAGGGAAUUUUGGUCUGGGAAAUCACAGGAAUUGUCAGUGGAGCAGCCUAUUACAGUCUUUCUAGAAACAAUCACAGUAUUGAUCUGAUUACUAAUCUCAUUGUAAUAUCUGGAAAGAAGGCAGAUAGAAGAAUACUCAGAUUCCUUGGUUUUUUGAUUGUAGAUAGCUAAGUGGGAUAUGAAAUAUAUUCUGUUAUUGACUACAGAGAGUUUGCAUGCACUCAUUAAUUAGAAUGCCCAAAUACCAAAUACCUUUGAAGUUGGGAAGACCUGACUUCAAAUGCAGUCCGAGACACUA